GCUGGACUUGUGCUCCAUCUUUGCAAAUUGGUUUUCACUAACCCUUGCAGAGGAGACUAGGGCGGCUUGGUAUGGCACCAUAUAACCGCCGCCAUUGGCACUGUUCAAAACUAGCGUGUGGAGAGUCACAAACGACACAAUUUACUGCACAAACGGGACCGGAUUAAGGACGAGAGCCCGUCCAGGCCAUUGAGUUGAUCCGUCUCUCCUGCUGUUUUCUUAGUUGGCGUUUGUGCCAAACUAUUUUGUCAAGCUUUCGUUCCCCGUAUAUAGCCGCUCUAUGACCACAACUCUUUUGUCAUAGUAAACUAAACAACUAGAUUAGCCGAGAGUGAGAGUUUUUAUCUUUUAUUUCUCGCAAACGUUAUCUCGACUCAUUUCUUCAUUUCUCUACUUUACGUUACAUUGUCAGUUUCAUAGUCAAUAUGCAGCUGGUUCUUGCGACGGGCAUUGUAGCCGCAGCAUUAGCUGUUGUCUACAUCUUCAACCAAAUCCGCGAGAUUCUCUAUUAUAGAGCUCGGGCCAGGGAGCUCGGAUGCGAUUCGCCUCCAUGGAUGUCAACAUUUGACCCAACUGGUAUAGCCGAUUUGGUAAAAGGUGUCAAGGCGAGCCGUAGAAAGCAGUUUCCCACUUAUGUUCAGAGCAAUUUCGAGCGGGAGGCAAUCAAACAUGGCCGCACGGUGGGCACAUUACGCGUUAGAUCGCCGUUCUUUCGGGAAACAAUUGUGACGAUGGAUCCUCGGAAUAUCCAGACUAUUCUAGCGCUCAAAUUCAAGGAUUUCGGCUUGGGUGUAAAUCGGACAGAAAAUUUCGAGCCUUUGCUUGGACACGGAAUUUUCGCCUCAAAUGGCAAAUACUGGGAGCAUUCUAGAGCAUUACUGCGUCCACAAUUCAAUCGCGGCCAAGUGAGUGACCUCAGCCUAGAGGAAGAUCAUGUCAGAGCUUUUAUGACAGUACUCGACCGCCAUGUUAAACCGGAUGGCUGGACAAGUCUGGUGGACCUUCAGCCUCUGUUUUUCAGACUCACGCUCGACUCUGCAACCGAAUUCCUCUUCGGGGAGAGUGUGAACAGCCAACUCGUGGAUCACCAACCCAAUUCUGAUGAUGAUGUCAACUUCGCAUAUGCCUUUGAUAGAGCACAGUAUACUCUUUCCAUUGGAGCGCGACUGGGCCCCAAUUACAAGCUGGCGCAUACUUCCGAGUUUACGCGGAUGGUCAAGAGUGUGCACGAUUUUGUCGACUACUUUGUCCAGAAAGCGCUUGCUGAAGGCGCCAGCGAGAAGAAGUCUGCGGAUGAAGGAAGAUAUGUCUUCCUCAAAGCACUAGCCAAGGAUACCCAAGACCCCGAGGAGCUGCGAUCCGAACUUCUCAAUAUCUUGCUUGCCGGUCGAGAUACUACUGCUUCGACUCUAGGAUUUUUCUUUUAUACCAUGGCCGACCCUCGGUACUCACACAUCUACCGACGCCUGAGAACCAUCAUCCUGGAAGAGUUUGGAACAUAUUCCAACCCCAAGGAAAUCACAUUCGAGAAGAUGAAAAGCUGCCAGUAUCUCCAAUGGUGUUUGAAUGAGUGCCUACGCCUCUAUCCUGCAGUCCCCAUGAAUGUUCGAACCGCCCAAGUAGAUACAACGCUGCCUGUGGGGGGUGGCAAAGACGGACAGUCACCAAUCUUUGUGAGAAAGGGUCAAGACAUUGGCUAUUCUGUUUUUCUGAUGCACCGCCGCAAGGAUAUCUGGGGCCCCGACGCAGAGAUCUUUAAGCCAGAGAGAUGGGAAACGCGACGGCCAGGCUGGGACUAUCUCCCAUUCAACGGAGGACCAAGAAUCUGCAUUGGUCAGCAAUUUGCACUUACAGAGACAGGCUAUGUCGUGAUCCGAUUGAUGCAGCGCAUUGACAGCAUCGAUGGAUCACAAGCUGGCCCGGUUUCUCACGGCUUAACUUUGAUCAACUCUCCCGGUGAGGGUGUUAACGUCAAAUUGCAUUUUGCCGAGUAGAUAUCUGAGCUGUGACAUGAAAAGUUUCUUUUUUUUCCCCUCUUUUCCUAGUUAUAUAAUUACUCUAUUUACUUGUUUCAACAUCGAUGCCCAGAAAGAAAAUGAAGCACCAGAUGAGACUUAGAAGCUACCUAUAAACGACAUAAGAGCUAAUAUUGCAUAUGAUAGCUUGCGAAUAUGAUAGUAUAGUUUCAUUUAGGAGAUUGAAUGAAAAAUGAUUAUUUAUGGC